AUGUUGCAGCUUGAAUCAUGGGAUGGUCCAGUGACAUUCAUGAUAACAAUACCAUCAACACAAGUUUACAAAAGGAUACGAAAAAUUAAAGAAAAGCUGUCACACUUUCCUUCUUACGUGUUACAUAAAUUAAGUGUUCACGUCUUAUUCUCGUCAAAGUACGGAUGCAGUAAAGAUGCAGUUGGUAAAUUGAACGAAAAUAAUGUCGAUUGGAGAUAUCCUAUCAAUGUGGCACGUAAUGUAGCACGAAUGUUCGUGAGAUCUAAAUAUGUGUUAAUUAGUGAUUCGGAAUUUGUUUUUCCGGAAGGAUUUGAAUCCAGAAUGUGUGCAUUAGCACAAGAUCAAUUGACGCGUAAUCCAAAGACAGCACUUGUUGUACGGAUAUUUGAAGUGAACGGUACCAUUAAAGAGAUGCCACGCAAUAAAGCAGAAUUGCGAGAAUUAUUCUUCAAAGGAUUAGCAGUGGAAUUUCAUGCUCGAUAUAAUGUGGGAGCACAUACCAUUCCACACUUGGAUCAAUGGCUUAAUAAACAAGAGAACAAACAGAAAGUCAAUAUACAUUCCAUCCUUAAAUUCUCAAAGCGUGGAUGGGAACCGCAGUUUGUUUCCUUGAAUACCAUACCAUUCCAUGAUGAAAAUUUCCCUUUCUCAUUACGUGAUAAUACAGUACUUCGUUGGGAAAUGUGCCGUCAAAAUUAUACGUUUGCACUGGUGAAUGAUUUAUUUAUGGUACAUCGUGGCAUGAAAACUAUAAACGACUUACCACUUACGAAGAAACGUCAAAAACAUUCUCGAGCACAAUUCAAUAUUGCAAUGAAACUUUUCAAACAACGUAUGGAUCAUCAGUAUCCAGAAACUAAAAAGCUUUGUCCAGAAUUUGGUGCUUAA